AUGGACUUUGAUCUGGCGCACAAGCACAAGAAAGAGGUGGAACAACGCCGAAGGGAAGCGAAGAGAAAGUUAGAAGAAAAGAAGAAGGAGGAGGAGAUUCGGGCUGCCAUGGAGCAGGAGCAGCGCGAAAGGGAGGAAGAACGACACCGGCAGGCGCAGGAAGAGCGCUUGCGCGCCGAGGCAGAGCAACAACUCAACGAGGGUGCCAGGCGCGGCUGCAUGACGGAUGUGAGCACGAGAGCUGAGAAAGACAUGGAACGCCAUCGGGAGGUGGAUGUUUUUGGCGUUGUUUGGGUUAAUGCAGCUGCACAUUGA